CUUUAAUCUCCAGUAUGUGGCGCUCUAGUGCAACCUGGUUGUAGAUCGUUUUGUUGACGGAAGUUCACACGGAAGAAGAGAAGGGACCGCGAUGGUGCGUGUGAAGUCCAGGUAUUUACUGUGCGAAAUCAACGUGACGGACAGGAGCCGCCUGUUGCUGCUGGAUGACCGAGCUGUGGCAGCGGCAGUGAGGGCAUCAGUGGCCCGCAUGCACGGAGACUAUGGGGCGGCUCUCUGCAGCAUCAGAUUCUCUGUGAAAUAUCUGAAUGCUCAUACUGGAAUAGUAUUCCUGCGUUUCCCCAAGAAAUGUUACAGACUCCUCUGGUCUGCAUUGCCUUUCAUCACCUGUAUUGAAAAUCGUGGGCAGAAAAUCCCAUGUUUUCUGAACUGUUUGCAUGUGGGAGGAACAAUAAGAACAUGUCAGAAGUUUCUGAUCCGAUACAACACCCAGCAGCUCCAUCGAAUGCUCCCUAAAUGUAAAAACGAAGAAGAAAAACAUGAGAUUCAGAAAGCAAUUCUGAACUGCACUCUAACAAAACGAAACAAGGAAGCAUUUGAAGAUGAAUUUGGGAGUGACAAAGAGGACGACAGUGAUGAUGAUAAUGAUGAAGAAGAAGAAGAAGAAGAAGAGUGACUUUAGUGUUUUCAUCAAAUAGGCUACAGACUAUUUUUGUUACAGGACAUUUAAGCGUUUAAUGAAAUGCAUACCCAACACUGUGGGUAAUACUGUUCACUGCAACUGCUCAGCAAGUUUCAUACUUACAGGGAUAGUCCGGCGAAAAUUGACCCCAGGGUCUUUUUCUGCAUGAAAACUGAUCAAGUAAGCCCUCCAGAGAGUUUUUUUCGUUCAUCAACCAGUAUUGAGCUUGCCUGGAAAAACCGGGAACAACGCUAAUACAGUGCAUUCGAUCGGGGCAGUGCACAGAACGCUUCCAAAACGGCAUUUUUUAACCACUAACAUUGCUCGAAAUAGCACCAAACCUCUGCAGUAGCAUGACUAGGGUCCCUACACUUAAAACGGAGCACCAACAACGUAGUUUGCAAACCCGAAGUUUAUUAAAAAGAACUGUUUUAAAAGACUCACCAACUGCCCCCGAUACCGGCUCCUCUCCAAGGAAAGUCUGCACAAGUCGGUUAUCAAAUGCACCGGAGUUCAGUUCAAGGAGGAAUGUUUUGGAAUGUAUAAUACCAAUGAAAGGAGUUGCAUGUAAGUUACAGGCAACUCCUUUCAUUUCCAUGUCAACACUCACUAGAUAUGAAUUGCAAGCUCAAAACUGGUUGAUGAAUGAAAAAAACUCUCUGGAGGGCUUAUUUGAUCAGUUUUCAUGCAGAAAAAGACCCUGGGGUCAAUUUUCGCUGGACUAUCCGUUUAAGAAAACUGAAUGAGUGUAUAAAAAAAAAAUACUAUGGCCUAAUUCUAAAGGCAACACCACAGAGUUUUUGUGUUUUUGAUGAACUUAUUUUGUAUGUAUACUAUGUUUUGUGCACAACAGUAUUUUGUGUUCAAACAAAAGCACUGUUUUUGAUUAUGUUGUAUGCUGUCUUAAAAAUGACAUAAAAGUGAUGGUUAAAAUAU